AUGGCAGGGCUCAGAGCCUCCAGGUCCACCACGAGCAGCGAGCCUCGGGCUCUUUGUGGCAACGGCAGCGGCGGCGGCGAGGGCAGCAGUAGUGGCUCUGUGGACGCAGCAGCGAUCCUGGAGGAGCACAACAACGCACGGCGUGAAGUGGGCGUGCCGGACCUGGCGUGGGACGAUGGUGUGGCGGCAGCAGCGCAAGAGUGGGCGAACCACCUCGCAUCCAUCAACUGCCCAUUGGAGCACGGCGGAGCAGAGGGGCUUGGGCAGAACCUCUACUGGCUCAGCCCUGCAGGGCUCACAAGCGAGGAGGACCGUGGUGCCGUGCAGGCGUGGGUGGAUGAGAAGGCUGACUGGACGCCUAGUCCCAUCCCUGACGGGUGUGUGGAGGGGAAGAUGUGUGGGCACUACACACAGGUGGUGUGGCGGGACACCACGCAUGUGGGCUGUGCCUCUGCGCAGUGCCCUGACGGAAGCGGCAUGUGGGUGUGUGAUUACUCUCCGCAGGGGAACAUUGUUGGGUCCAUGCCCUUCUAG